AUGGUCGAAAGUGGUGUCCCCCAGGGUUCAGUACUGGGACCCUUUUUGUUCCUUAUCUACGUGGACGAUGCCGCAAGAGAUUUGGACUGUAAAGUAGCAAUGUUUGCGGACGACAUGAAGAUAUGGAGUGUAAUUCGUAGUCCUGCCGAUGAAGACAGACUGCAGAUGAACCUGAAUCGGUUGGAGGAGUGGUCAAACCGUUGGCUCCUGCGGUUCAACGUUGCCAAAUGUAGCAUACUUCGCCUAGGCAACACAGCCAGAUCCGCCAGCACAAGAGGCUACUUUCUGGGCGGUGCAGCCCUACAAGAGGUCGAAGCCCAAAAGGACCUCGGUGUGCUUACGACGAGUUCCCUAAAACCAUCCGCCCACUGUUCGAGGGUGGCAAAAACCGCAAUGUCCGUACUGUACGCCAUCAAGCGUGCGUUUAUGGACUUUGACGAAGAAGCUUUCUCUAAGACAUUCGGAACAUUCGUCCGGCCGCAUUUAGAGCACGGCAUACAAGCUUGGAGGCCGUGGGGUGUUGUGGAUCAAAACUGCCUCGAAAGAGUCCAGGGGAGAGCCAAGAAGAUGGUCAGGGGUCAAAGCUCCUUUCCUUAUGCGACCCGCCUAGUAAAUCUGAACCUCUUUCCUUUGAGUUUCAGGCAACUUCGCGGAGAUCUCUUGCAAGCCUUCCGCAUUGUAAAGGGGUUGGAUUGCAGUCUGGCCUUCGAGGACUUUUUUGAAUUUGCUACCACGACCAACCUCCGAGGUCACCCGUUAAAACUGCGCAGUCAGCAGGCACGGCUGGAUGUGCGGAAGUUCUCCUUCUCGGUUCGGGUGGUCAAACCGUGGAAUGAGCUUCCCGCAGAUGUUGUGAUGUCACCAUCUAUACAAAGUUUUAAGAAGAAUCUGGACAUAUUUAUGUUCCGAAAUGACCAAGAGCGAUGA